AUGGCGUUGACAAUUAAGAGAAUGAUGUUGUUUCUCUUGAGCCACCCUGAGACACUGAAGAAGACGAAUGAGGAGAUAGACACUAAUGUUGGGAAUGAACGAAUUAUCAACGAGUCAGACCUACCCAAGCUCCCAUACCUUAACAACGUCCUCAAAGAAACUCUCCGGCUGACCCUAGCAGACUUCCCACCCCGAGAGUCCUCCGGCGACUGCACCAUCCAGGACUACCACGUUCCUAAAGGCACAAUGCUCUUUGUUAAUGCUCUGGGAAUUAACCGUGACCCAGAGUUAUGGGACGAUGCCAUGAGCUUCAAGCCAGAGAGGUUCGACAGAGAGGAAGAAGAAAAGGUUUUCAAGUAUAUGCCAUUCGGUGCUGGAAGGAGGAAGUGCCCUGGUGAGCAUUUGGCCAUGCGCAUGGUCAUGGCUGGAGUUGGUGCAUUGGUCCAGUGCUUUGAGUGGGAGCCGAUGAGCAAAGGGGAGGUUGAUAUCAGUUCAUCGCUUGGCCUCAUUGUGUCUAAUGGCAAGCCUGUGGUGGCUAAAUAUCAGAGUUACACCCAUAACCGACCCAUAAUAGUACCUAUAAAUAGUGAUUUGCUACAAUAUGAUGAACAUCAUACUGCUACAAUACCCUUACAGCAAGAGGCUUAUGACUGUAACAGUGUGCAUAAGAUUCUCAGGGUGAACUUCACAGAGAAGGGGACAGGUCAGAGACUUGGGACUAGCACGUGGCAUAGAGGAUUGUGGUACAUGGACAGAGAGGGGAUGGAUUCAGCAUUGACAUCUUUGGUAGAGGGGGCGGGAGUAUGA